GUUAUGGUCCUGUCAGGGCGCCGGCCUUGUGGUUUCUGGGCGGCAGCCACCCAGGGCUUUGCUGGGGGACCCUCAGGGGCAGACCCCUGGCCAGCUGCGCUCGUCUCCGGCCUCGUUCCCAGCCUACAUAUCUCGGCUUGCGGGUCGCGCCGUUGGGCGCGCGUGCGGGUCGGCGCCGCGGCCGCCUUAGGGCCUGGGCCCAGCAGCAGCCUCCUCCUCCGCCGCGGGCUCGGAGGGGCCGCGAGAUGCAGCCGCCGGGCCCUCCUCCGGCGUAUUCCCCCACCAACGGGGACUUCACCUUUGUCUCCUCAGCAGACGCGGAAGAUCUCAGUGGUUCAAUAGCAUCCCCAGAGGUCAAGUUAAACCUUGGUGGAGAUUUUAUCAAAGAGUCUACAGCUACUACAUUUCUGAGACAAAGAGGAUAUGGCUGGCUUUUGGAAGUUGAAGAUGAUGACCCUGAAGAUAACAAGCCACUCUUGGAAGAAUUGGAUAUCGACCUAAAGGAUAUUUACUACAAAAUUCGAUGUGUUUUGAUGCCAAUGCCAUCACUUGGUUUUAAUAGGCAAGUGGUGAGAGACAAUCCUGACUUUUGGGGUCCUCUGGCUGUUGUUCUUUUCUUUUCCAUGAUAUCAUUAUAUGGACAGUUUAGGGUGGUCUCAUGGAUUAUAACCAUUUGGAUAUUUGGUUCAUUAACAAUUUUCUUACUGGCCAGAGUUCUUGGUGGAGAAGUUGCAUAUGGCCAAGUUCUUGGAGUUAUAGGAUAUUCAUUACUUCCUCUCAUUGUAAUAGCCCCUAUACUUUUGGUGGUUGGAUCAUUUGAACUGGUGUCUACACUUAUAAAACUGGAAGAGUUAACUGCUGUCUUCAAUAUGAUAACGUGGCCACCUCUUGGUAUGUAUUCCUUUAGCAACCUGAUCUAUCAGGAAAUAUCCAGCAGCUCUGAAGUAAGCCUACAAAUUAGCAAAAUAUCAAGCCCAUCUCUCUUCCUUUUUCCCUCUCCCCUCCCCCACCUGAAAAAGAAAAAAAAAAAAGCUUAUUUUAAGCUGCAGGAAAAGUAUGGAGCUACCUUUGGACCAGAAUAAUGUGGAAAAAUUACAUAAUGCUGAUUAUUUAAACAAGUUUAGGAAAACAGAGACAACAGGAGGAUAGAACCUCUAGAACCUAAAAUAAUAUGGAAUAGUGAGGAAGGAUCUACAGCUACAGAAGCAGCAACUGUAAAAUGAACAUUUGUCAUACUAGGAGUUUCUGAGAUCAGUACUUUGUUGUAGUAGAUUAUUAUAUUUGAUGGUCAUAGUGUUGACCCUGAAAUCUUCCUCAGAAAGCUUAGGGGUCCAUACCAGGCAGUACCAUUUUACUAAGUAGUAAGUCAAGGCAUUUUAGGACCAACUCCAUCAAAAAGAUGGUUUAAAAAUUUUUAAGCUAUCAUUUCUUUAAGAUGUGAAUAAAAAGUUCACUUAUAUGAAUCACGUUUAUUCCUGAUGAUGUAAGAUAAAGUGAGAUAUUUGUGUUCUAAAAAAGUAUUUAAAAAUAACAGCAUUUAAUCUUGGGGCCUGUCCAAUUUAGGAUAUAUAUAAACACAAUUUAUAAUGUUUCAAGCUCAGCCAAUGUCUUCAUGUGCUAAUGAGCAAAGCAGUUAAAACAUUGUUAGUUUGAAAACAUGACUUGUAAAUGUGUGCAAGAUACAGUACUGCUAUAGCUAAUAAUGGUAAGCUGACUACAAUGUCCUCUCCUUGAAUUUAUAUAUAAUAAUACUUUAUGUCAUUGAUUUUAAAUCAUGAUUUCCAACCUAAUUAUUCAUUAGUAUUUUAAAAACAGUUACCCAGAUAGUCUCUUCUAGUGUCUGUGUGUGCAUAUACAUGUUUUAAGUGUUUUCAGUUGUAGUAAUACUGAUGAAUGUUAAUCCUCAAAAAAAAAAAAAAAAGAAAAGAAUUAUGAGACAUUUACUUCUGUUUUAAAUUGAUUAUAAAAUAACUGAAAUUUUGAAUAUAAAUCAAAGUCUAUAUAUAAUUUUCUUUAUAUUAAAAUACAGUUUAGGGAGAUUUAUAAAGUUUUAUGAACCAUUACUAAACCUGCUAAUUUCUAAGGUCCAUAAGACAGUUUUAUAUAUAUCUAUUUCCAAACAUUCCCCAAAUAUUAAUAUAUUAAUAUUCUAAAUUAGUGAAAAUUUGCAUUGACUUAAAAUGUGAGGUAGAUAUUUUUGUUUAAAUAUUGUUUAAAAUUUAGUUCAUUUAAAAAAUU